CCCCCUGCGUUGCUUUGUGGGUAAAGUGCGGGCCCCGGUUCACGCCCAUGUCCGCGUAGAGGCGCAACGGCAGCGACAGCACCGACCGACCGACCGAGGCCCCCCGAGCGCAGCGCCAAAUGGAAAGUUCUAUCGAUUAAAAGUCCCGGCUCGGUGCAUGUUCCCGUCGCUUCUGGACCGCGGUGGAGCUGCUGUAGAUGCUGGGCUCUGGCUCGGACCCGGGACAUGCGGAGAUCGUGUGAAACUCGAGCAGCUUUGGGGCUUUGACUUUUUCGGUCGCUACUUUCGGACGCGGAACUCCACUCGCUAAAAGGUGAAUCAUGACAGAGUAUAAGCUGGUGGUGGUGGGAGCUGGUGGCGUGGGGAAGAGCGCGCUCACGAUUCAGCUCAUCCAGAAUCACUUUGUGGAUGAAUACGACCCGACCAUCGAGGACUCGUACAGAAAACAGGUGGUGAUCGACGGGGAGACGUGUCUCCUGGACAUCCUGGACACUGCAGGUCAGGAGGAGUACAGCGCCAUGAGAGACCAGUACAUGAGGACAGGAGAAGGCUUCUUAUGUGUCUUUGCCAUCAACAACAUCAAGUCCUUCGAGGACAUCCACCACUACAGAGAACAGAUUAAGCGGGUGAAGGACUCUGAGGACGUGCCCAUGGUGUUGGUAGGAAACAAGUGUGACCUCCCGUCCCGGACAGUGGACACGAAGCAGGCUCAGGACUUAGCGCGCAGCUACGGCAUUCCCUUUAUCGAGACCUCGGCCAAAACCAGACAGAGAGUGGAGGAUGCCUUUUACACUUUGGUGCGGGAGAUCAGGCAGUACCGGCUCAAUAGGCUCAGCAAAGAGGAAAAGACGCCGCGCUGUGUCAAGCUUAAAAAGUGCAUUGUGCAGUGAAGGGGAGUGGACGACGCCUUCUACACUUUAGUGCGAGAAAUCCGGAAGCAUAAGGAGAAAAUGAGCAAGGAGGGCAAGAAGAAGAAGAAGAAGUCCAAGACAAAGUGCACGCUCAUGUGAAUCACCCCCCCGGGAAAAGAAAAAAAAACCAACCCACGCCGAACAGUUCCCAGUCCCGACGUUUUUGUACAUUACACUAAAUUAUUAGCCUCUUUCAAAGCGCCCGUUUCGACAGCCUUGUUAUUCGCUCGCCGGACUCCAUAAGCUUAUUUUAGUGCCAGUGGCCUUCAUCCUAACAUUUUAUUUUGGACGUUUUAUACAAUUUUAAUGCUGUAGCUACUUCCCGUCGGAUCAAACUUCCCCCUUCCCCCUGAGCGCUUCGGGGUGCCAAAGAGCUAAUUUAUAACCCUGUCGAUGUUUUCCGAAAAAGGAUCGGGACGAGAUAAACGAGAUCCACUGUGUAAUGUAAUGUCCCCCUCCUCCUCCCGAUGUGAACGACCUCUUCUUCUUGUGACUUAGUUCCGUCUUUUUCUAGUCUGCAUGCGACUGCUGUCCGGACCCCGACCACGCGGGCUCCGAUUAACUCUGUCUGUGUUUUUUAUCAUGGGGGGGGGGGGGGGGUGUUCCUUCUGUUUGGAUGGUUCUUUUUUUUUUUUUUUCGCGCAGUUCCGGGUCGACACCGGCGUCCGGACUGACUGCGGAGUGUUGUCGGUGGCCUGCAGAGGGGGGAGAGCGCCUGCUGCGGGGGUUUGAAGGCGCGUCGUGGAGGUUUUCUGGUCGGAGAGUCCGUCGUUUUCUCGUUUUUCUGUCUGGAAUGUUCCACAGCAGGAGUCUAAAACCUUUUUUACUCUGGUGAGACGCCGUUACGAAACAAAAACGACAGAGAGCUGCUCGUUUUAUCGAGACGCUUUUACGGUUCGAUCAGAGUACAGACCCAACGCAAAACAGUAAAUACAAAAAAAUAAAAUACACAAAUGAUUCCUGUUUGUCUAUCAUACACAAUUUGUGCUGGACAUUUUAUUUGGCGUUAAUAAACACAUUUUUAAGCAGCCUGAACUUGCGGAACGUGAUCUAAUCUCGCGCACAUUUUAGACAGUUCCUUUCUGCGUCUUCGUGUUUAGAGUGUAAGAAAGAGAACGUCCACAUCUUGCGGGAUUUAAGGGCAAAAUAUUGCGGAUACGAGCAGGAGCGGGAAUAAAAAAUACAAUUCUUUCGCGGGCAAAAGCGGGACUGAGAGUUCUGUCCCGCGCAGAGCUCUAGAUCGCAGAACUUGGACCAAAUCUGAAGCUGAAGCGUCGUGUUUUCAGGGGUCUGUGCUCGUUGGUUCGCGGACCCAAAAAUAAUUUUCUCUUCCGCGUUUAUGAGCUCCUCCCACCUGUGUAAAGCCCAAUUUGCGGUCGUGCGUGAAAUCGUCGGCGUCAAUUUGUUAAUCAGCACUGGUAGAAUUCAGGAAUCCGAAAUCGUCUGCGUCGCUUUGAACCCGCUCCUGCUUCGACCGACGUGCACUUCUGAAAUUUUCUAACCGUCGCAGACAGCAGGGAAAGCGACGCAAAAAAUAAGGGCUGCGGUUCUCCGCUUUCCCGCUUCAUUUUGUAAACUCGAGCACCAGUUUUAAAUCCUGGCCUUGAAGUGUUGUGGCGGUGAAUCACUUCGCGGCGCUUAGACCUCGACGCAGAUCCAUAAAAUCAAAAACAACGGCGACAGGACGACGGCGGCGGAGUGCGAAGAGUCGACGCAGAAAUAAAAUAAUCUUUAGGUCUGUAACUUGCACGACGUGGAGCGUUUGGACCAAUCAGGACGGCGAGGCUCAGUCAGACAAAGAUCACUUUCUGGAAAUUUGAGGAUUUAAACAAUUUAAACAAGUUUAUGUUGUGAAAAUUGAAAAGAACCCAACAAAAUCGGAUCUUUGUGAAAGCCGGACGGCAGGUUGAAUUCCCAAAAUGCCCAAACUCCCGGAGCUGCAGUACCUGGAGUGUCCACCAGGAGCUGGGACCGACGGAAUUCCUUAUCCAGAUAUUUUAAUAGAUCCAUGAGUUAAGACGCCGAUAAAAACAUAAACCAUUGUCUGUUUAUUAAUGCACAAAGUUUGGCUCCAAAAUUACACAUUUAUAACGAUAAUGGGCAUUUAAUUAACCACAUUUUUGUUACUCGGCACUGGUAGAAUUCCGAAAUCCCUUGCCGAGCUUCGUGGAAGACGGUAGAGAGCGACAGAUCGGAAACUCCUGCUCCACAGUCUGACUUUUUAAUCAGUUACAGGUGGUUUUAGAGCUCAAAAUUCCCUCGAAAAACCGACAUCCUGACUCUGAGCGGGGUCGCCUCUCCACUGAUCCGACCUGUAACUCUGCCCGGUUUGGUUCCCGUGAAGACAGAACGAUUUAAUUCCAUUCCUGCCGCCCCGUGAAACAUUCCAGACGACAAAUCUCCGAGGAAAAAAAAGCUCUUGACGGACGGACGGACGGACGGACCCUCCUCGAGAAAAGUUCCACGUCGCGCCUUUAAGCAGAGACUUUUUAGGAUUUUUUCAUAAUUGAUAAUAGUUGAUUAACGAAUACGACUCCUGCUUUUCAUUUGAGAGUUCACGGAAUUGUCUAGAAUCUGAAAUUAAUUACGAUAACGAAAGCUGAUUCAUUGUUUUUAACUGUUUUUUAAUGAUGGUAUAACUUUAUGAUUUUUGUGAAAGAAGGGUUCAGAAAAUGUAUUUGUAAUAAUAAAAAAAAACACAUAAAAUAACUGUAAAACGGCAUUCGAACUCACAUUUGAACUGAUCAAAACGGGCCACGGUCGGUUCAGGUGACGCUCGGACCUGAGGCUAAUAAACAAACUCAUAGAAACCGCC